AAAAAUUACGUUACACUAGAAAUGGCCGAUCAUGGACGCCUAACAUUUUGUUUAUUUUUCUUUUGCGUAAUUUUAUCGACACACGCCAUUAAUGCAGACAUUAUAUCCGCUGAAAUUGAGGCGAUUGUUACUUCUGAAACUGAGAAUAAAAGGGACACUACUGGAUCGGCGAUUUUCGUGACAGGAUCGGAACAGACGAUUUUAUUAGUUGGUCGGAAUUUUUCCGUCGAAACGUCUGUAGCUUUCACAUCAAGGGGUGCAGAGAGGGGGGUACAUUGUGAAAAACAUGGGCAAAUGACAUCAGGAUAUAACGUUGAAAAUUCGUCAGAUACCACCAAUCACAGAGCAUUUCUGAAAGUGCAGUUUGAUAAAAUUACUGCUGAAGGAGAGUAUCUGUAUAUUUGUGUCAAGGAAAGGAUAGGUGAGGAUAUUUCUUGGAUUCAUCAAGGGAAGGACCCUUAUUUACGCUUUACUGUUGUAAAAGCAGACUCAACAUUUUUGCCCCUAUGGCUCCAGAUCACAUUUAUUGUAGGCCUGCUUUGCCUUUCUGGCCUUUUCAGUGGUUUGAAUCUUGGCUUGAUGGCAUUGGAUAAAACAGAAUUAAAAAUUAUUGAAAGAUGUGGCAAACCAGCUGAGAAGAAAUAUGCAAAAGUUAUCUCACCACUUCGUAAAAGAGGAAAUUUUUUACUUUGUACAUUACUUCUUGGAAAUGUCCUUGUUAACAACAGUUUGACCAUUUUACUUGAUAAUGUUAGCAAUGGAUUAAUUGCUGUCAUUGCAGCAACAGCUUUCAUUGUUAUUUUUGGUGAAAUUAUUCCACAAGCCAUUUGUUCCCGUCAUGGAUUAGCAGUUGGAGCAAGGACAAGAUUUGUUACAUACUUUUUUAUGGUAUUAACUUUUCCUCUGUCAUUUCCAAUUAGCUUGUUAUUGGAUAAGAUUCUUGGAGAGGAAAUAGGCCAGGUAUACAACAGAGAGAAACUACAGGAAUUAAUACGUGUUACAAAAGAUUUCAGUGCUCUUGAUGAAGAUGAAGUAAAUAUUAUAUCAGGUGCAUUGUCUUUGACUAAGAAAACAGUGAAAGAUAUUAUGACACGUAUAGAUGACGUUUUUGUGCUUGAUUAUAAUGAUCAUCUCAGCUUUGAGACAAUGUCGGACAUAAUGAAAAGAGGCUACAGUAGGAUUCCAGUUUAUGAGAAUGAAAAGAGUAACAUUGUGGCUUUACUAAAUAUAAAAGAUCUAGCAUUGAUUGAUCCUGAUGACAAUACCCCACUGAAGACCGUCUGUAAGUUUUACCAACAUCAUCUGAUCUUUGUUUUUGAUGACCAUAAACUGGACCAGAUGUUGCAAGACUUUCGCCAAGGUCAUUCCCACAUGGCAAUUGUGAGGAGAGUGAACAACGAGGGUGACGGGGAUCCAUAUUACGAGACACUUGGAGUUGUAACAUUGGAAGAUGUUAUUGAAGAAAUCAUUCAGUCAGAGAUCAUUGAUGAAACAGACACUCUAACGGACAAUAUAAAGAAAGCCCCAAGAAAGUUACCAAGGCAGGACUUCAGUGUGUUCAAUCAACCAGAUGAUGAUAACAAACAUGUUUUAUCCCCUCAGUUGACUGUUGCUGCUUUCCAGUUUCUGUCAACUUCUGUGGAAUCGUUCCUGCCAAAGUUUAUAUCUGAGACUGUCCUGCGAAAACUGAUCAAACAGAAUAUUGUGGUGGAACUGAAUCCUAAUUGUGGUGAAAACAACUGCAUCAUCAAGGAAGGAGUCCCAUGUGACUACUUUGUACUUAUCCUCCAAGGUCAUGUUGAAGUUUAUAUUGGUAGAGAGAACUUGAUUUUCCAAGGUGGACCAUUCUCCUACUAUGGAAUCAAAGCUCUGAAUAUAAGUGACAAGGUGUUGUCACCAUCAUCUAGCACUGACAGUAUGUAUGUCAAACACGAACCAUACAUACCAGAUUUCACUCUGAAGGCCACAGACAACCUUCUAUUCCUGCGAAUUACGCGCCCUCAGUACAUUGUAGCACGCAGAGCCACGAUGAUGGGUCGGUCACAGCAGAUUGCCAUGAUGGAUGACGAAGCGUUCACAAAGGAAUGGACACAUCUGUCUAAAAUCAACCAGUGUAACAAUGCUAAGAACACAUUUUCCGCCGACAUCCACAAUGCAACCGAUAAUAAGAUAGAGGAUGCAAAGACAGAAGAUAACUUAAACCGCUCCUUUUCUAGUAAAAGCAGCAUCAGUGUGUUGAAAAGAACAGAGAGUAAAGACUCUGGCUGGAAUUUUUCAACCUCGGAAAAACCGGCGGAUACUUCGGAAAGUGAUCUGGAGCAAGUAGAGUUAACGCCAAAGGAAGAUGAAGAAAAAUUGACCGAGAAAGUUGAUUCUUCUAGUUCAGAUAAAAAUCAUAAAAGUUCUGAUCAUGAAAGAACUAGAAAUGGAGGUAAGAGAACCACAGAUGAUGUUAGUGUGAAUAUAGUAAGCAAUGUGAUAGUUCUCAGUACCAUGAGGAUGAGUUUACAUCAGGGGAGUUUACUCCGUUGGUAGACAGAAAAAGUGGCAAGCAGAAUCAUGCGGGUGGUGAUUCUUGAUAUUGUUAAUACUGAAGUCAAAUGUUUGUUAAAAUGUAUUAUUGAACUUACUAAGCAAUUUAUUGUUAGAUUUUCUUUGGUUCAUUCUUACACAGCUCCAGUAUUUUAUUUCCUUUAAAAAAUUUCCUUAAAUAUUAGUGCAGUCAGAAGAGAUAGCCGGCUUUAUCUCAUUGAAUUUACUACAAAUCAGUUUGGUGUAUAUUUUGCAAUUCAAGAUGGAAAAAAUAUGCAAUACAAAUUUAGAUUUUUGUGGACAAAUUUCCUCAGUGUUACAAAUUCUGUUUUCAGUUUUGUAAAAAAGAUCAUAUGCAAACGUGAUCAGCUUUCAAAUGGAACUUAGGUUGAUAGUAAAAAGUGAAGAAUUCUAAUACGCUUUCUGUUAAAACAUGCUUUCGCUAGAAUGAUUUAACUAACGUGCAGUAAGGUCAAAGUUUUUGUUGCGACCAAGAAAGAGCGCUACUAUAUUUCACCUACUGCUUUUAGAUUGAAGGCAUUUUAUAAUUGAAAUGAUUUAUAGCAAAAUCAUGUUUUAACACUAUUUAUACACUCAGGUGGUAAAAUGUCAUACAAAUAAUUUCACAAGGACGCAGCCAGACGUAUAACCACCCUCCGUACAUAAAUAGUGUUAAAGCACUCUUUUUCUGUAAAUUAUUUCUAAAGUAUAGUAUAGGUCUGUCACACCUCUUAGUAUGACAAUCAGUGAAAUAAACAGAAGGUAAGAUUUUUAUGCCCCUGAAGGGAGGCAUAUAGUUUUUGAACCGUCUGUCGGUCUGUCUGUAUGUUCGCAAUUUUCGUGUCCGGUCCAUACCUUUGUCAUCGAUGGAUAGAUUUUCAAAUAACUUUGCAUGAAUGUGUACCACAGUAAGACGACGUGUCGCGCGCAAGACCCAGGUCCGUAGCUCAAAGGUCAAGGUCACACUUAGACGUUAAAGGUCAUUUUUCAUGAUAGUGCAUUCGUGUCCGGUCCAUAUCUUUGUCAUCCAUGGAUGGAUUUUCAAAUAACUUGGCAUGAAUGUGUACCACAGUAAGACGACGUGUCGCGCGCAAGACCCAGGUCCGUAGCUCAAAGGUCAAGGUCACACUUAGACGUUAAAGGUCAUUUUUCAUGAUAGUGCAUUCGUGUUCGGUCCAUAUCUUUGUCAUCCAUAGAUGGAUUUUCAAAUAACUUGGCAUGAAUGUGUACCGCAGUAAGACGACAUGUCGCGCGCAAGACCCAGGUCCGUAGCUCAAAGGUCAAGGUCACACUUAGACGUUAAAGGUCAUUUUUCAUGAUAGUGCAUUCGUGUCCGGUCCAUAUCUUUGUCAUCCAUGGAUGGAUUUUCAAAUAACUUGGCAUGAAUGUGUACCACAGUAAGACGACGUGUCAUGCCCAUGACCCAAGUCCGUAGCUCAAAGGUCAAGGUCACACUUAGACAUUAAAGGUCAUUUUUCAUGAUAGUGCAUUCGUGUUCGGUCCAUAUCUUUGUCAUCCAUGGAUGGAUUUUCAAAUAACUUGGCAUGAAUGUGUACCACAGUAAGACAACGUGUCGCGCGCAAGACCCAGGUCCGUAGCUCAAAGGUCAAGGUCACACUUAGACGUUAAAGGUCAUAUUUCAUGAUAGUGCAUUGAUGGGCGUGUCCGGUCCAUAUCUUUGUCAUUCAUGCAUGGAUUUUAAAAUUAUUGGGCAUGAAUGUGUACCACAGUAAGACGACGUGUCGCGCGCAAGACCCAGGUCCGUAGGUCAAAGGUCCUAAACUCUAACAUCGGCCAUAACUAUUCAUGGGGGGGUAUUUGUCACCAUUAGUGACAGCUCUUGUUUAACAAUAACUUUUUUGGCAAGUAAUGUGUUCCUGAUCAGCCUCUUUGAAAGUGGUACUUAAAUUUUAUGACAUUGUAUUUCAGAUGUAAUUUCUGUAUUUGAAAUGCAACUCUUUUUUCUUAAAUGCUCUUUUAAGUUUGGCACUUCUAUAGCAACUGUAUUUUAAGUAAAUUACAGGGUAUUGACAGAAGUUGUUAAGCCUUGGUGAAUGAUUUUUUAAGGGAAGACAUUUGUUAUGUUACAUUUAUACCCAAAGAAUAGAAAAACCAUUGAAAAUCUAGCAGUUCAUUUGUUGGACAGGAGUUAUUGUUGUUUUUGUUAAAGAUAGAUGUGUACAUAAAUGUUAUGAGUAUUAUAUAGUAAAUAUAUAUUUAUUCUAAAUAUAGUCACAAGGUAAAUAGACUCUUAUUUCACACUGUGUGUGUUUUGUAACUGUAAAUUACACUGAUAUAUCUGUAAUGAUAAUGCGUAAUUUCCUUUGCUUUUUAGCUAGACUUUUCGAAGAAAAAGUACAGCUAUUGCACUCGCCCCGGCAUCGGCGUCGGUGUUGGUUAAAGUUUUUGAUAAAGUCAAAUAUCUCUGUUACUAUCAAAGCUAUUGAUGUGAAACUUAAAAAAUAAGCCCACCCGCUUAGCUCAGUAGGUAAGAGCGUUGGUCUACGGAUCGCAGGGUCGCGAGUUCGAUCCUCGGGCGAGGCGUAUGUUCUCCGUGACUAUUUGAUAAACGACAUUAUGUCUGAAAUCAUUAGUCCUCCACCUCUGAUAAUUCAUGUGGGGAAGUUGGCAGUUACUUGCGGAGAACAGGUUUGUACUGGUACAGAAUCCAGGAACACUGAUUAGGUUAACUGCCCACUGUUACAUGACUGAAAUACUGUUGAAAAACGGCGUUAAACCCAAAACAAACAAAAGAAACUUAAAAUAGUUAUUUACUAUCAAAGUCUACACCAGGAGAAACAAUCCUCAUAACUCUGAUGUGAAUUUUGACAGAAUUAUGCCCCUUUUUAACUUAGAAUUUUUGGUUAAAGUUUUUGAUAAAGUCAAAUAUCUCUGUUACUAUCAAAGCUAUUGACUUGAAACUUAAAAUACUUAUUUACCAUCAAAGUCUACACCAGAAGAAACAAUCCCCAUAACUCUGAUUUGAAUUUUGACAGAAUUAUGCCCCUUUUUAACUUAGAUUUUUUUUUUUUAAUUUUGAUAGUCAAAUAUCUCUGUUAAUAUCAAAGCGUUUGACUUGAAACUUAAAAUACUUAUUUACCAUCAAAGUCUACACCAGGAGAAACAAUCAACAUAACUCUGUUUUGAAUUUUGACAGAAUAUUGACCCUUUUUAACUUUUUUUUUGUUAAAAGUCAAAUAUCUCUGUUACUGUUAAAGCUUUUGACGUGUAAUUCAAAAUAGUUAUUUACUAUCAAAGUCUACACCAGGAGACACAAUUCCCAUAACUCUGAUUUGAAUUUUGACAGAGUUAUGUCCCUUUUUAACUUAAAAUUUUUUUUACUGGCAAAGCUCUAAUUCAGAGUCAAGCAUUGAGAAAAGUCGAGCGUGCUGUCUUACGCACAGCUCUUGUUUGUGUUACUUUAUGCAGCUUUAGCCAGUGAUUUACUGUAAAAUCAUUUAAUUUCGUGUGCAUGAAAUUUUGUGGUUUUGGUCAAAACAGCAAUUUAGUGGAGAUAUGAAUUCAUGGAUUUCAACAUUUGAACAUAUAAUGAAUGGGAAUUUUACUUGUUUGUUGGGAUUAAAUUUCGUGGAUUGACUCAACCACGAAAUCUACGAAAAUUAGUCCCCCACGAAUAUUAAUGAUUUUACAGUGUCUUGUACUCUGUUAUGUAACACUUGACUUUCUAUUACAUGAGAAUUUCUAUAUCGACAUGAGAAGUCUAAUUGCAUACAUAGAAUAUGUAAUAGAACGGAAAUUGCUGAUUAUCAUUGCAGAUUCACAACCAUAACUUCUUUAACUGUCACCAUUUUCUUAACCCUUACCCAGCUUGAUUUCUGUAAUGAACUUGUUCACCUUUCAAUUUGGACAGUACCAUUAACUGUUAAAAGGGGGUGCUUACCAAAAAGAUACUGACUGAAUGGCAAACAGUGCAGAUCUUGAUCAGACUGCAUGGAUGUGCAUGCUGAUCAUGAUCUACACUGGCCACAAAGACAGAAUCAAUCAUGUCCAGCAUGAUAAGGGUAAACUUUCACAAUUUUCUUAAUGUCACCUGGGCAUUUGCACAACGGUGAUCAUAAUUCACAUGUCAUUGAAGCAUACACGCAUUGGCUUAUACCAAUUUUUGCAAUGGCUGAAAUGUCACAUAUUUAAAAUUUAUUGUGUAGCUACAUAAUCAAGAAUAUGUUUGUAUAGUACAAAGUGAAUGUGUCUUCGUUAAAAGGGACUACUUCAGAUCUGUCUCAGAUAUAGUAAGAGAAGUUCAAUUUGUUUGUUAUAAUAAGAGAAAAGUAAACUCUUUUAGUGAUUUUGUUAGGUCAUGUCUCUGUUAAUUUAUCAGGAAAAGCACCUCACAAUUAAAGGUACAGUAGAAGGAAUUUAGUUCAACUUGUCAUGUGAGGAAGCCAUCCAGCUGGCUUAAGGAAGGCUGGUAGUUCUACCCAGGGGCCUGACCAUGAUGGAAUAAUGCACAGAGGGGCACCAGUGGGCUUCCUCUACAAUUAAAAGCUAAAAAGUCUCUAUAUGACAUAUACUUGGAUUGGUGUGACGUCAAACCCAACAGAACAUAAGUAAUAUUAUACAGGUCUGAUUUUAAGUUGUAGAUAUUGCCGUCUCUUUUUUUAAAACAAAAUUGAUAUGAUGUAGAUCUGGAGGCAUGUCCCUUAAACAAGGAAGUGUAUAAGUUUUGUAGGAAUAAUCUUCACAGUUUUAUAAGUUUGCACUGUUAAUGAACAAUAUCACAACCAAAUUUGGAUUCAUUUUCUUAUUUGCAUUGUGUAGUUACUUCGACAUUGGGUAUUUUCCCAGCCUAGUCAAACUUUAUCCUAAAAAAUGCCAUCAAUGACUACAGUUGAUAGAGAGUGACAGUUUGAUUCUAUUUGAUGGACCAAUUAUUUCAAUACAAAAUCUAGUGACCUCAGUUUUUGCAUGUAGUUAUACAUUUUGUAUUUUUAUGUUGAUCUCAUUUUUAUCUAUGGAAAUGGAAGGUGUUUUUAGAGAAGAGUUUUAUAAAAAUGCAAGAAUUUGCUGCAAAUUAUUAUUGAAAAAGAUUUAUCUCAGUUAUACAGGUAGGCCCACAGCCCAUAUUUUGUCCGAUUUUUAGAGUUAAGAGUGCUAACUAUUCAGUCUCUACAGAUUUACUAUGUAUUUAUGCUGCUGAAACUUUGUACAAUGUUAAGAUGUCUGCAGGAGCUUCAUUUGUGUGAUAUUUUAUUAGUCCCCUACCCUGCCAUUGUGUCACCAGAGGGUAUGGUAGGGUUUUCUGCAUCAGUCAGAAGCUCAGUUAGUUUAUUUGCCCCAUAAAAUUUUAAGGAUCCUUAACUUGAAAAGUACAAAGUAUUUUUGUAUGAAACCUGAUAAAGAGAUUGAGGAUAAUAUUAAAAAUUUGCUUAUUA